AUGGAAGCAGCAAAUUGGCGUUCGCGUCGGUCCCCCAUCCUCGAGAAGGGUGGCAAUGCUGCCGACGCUGCCGUGGCCGUUGCCGCUGCGCUCAAUGUGACCGAGCCCACGAGCACGGGCAUUGGUGGUGACUGCUUCUGUCUGUUCUUCAACGCCGAGACGGGCGAGGUGCGCGGACUCAACGGCAGCGGUCGCUGCCCCGCGGCCCAGUCGGUCGCCAAGCUCAAGGAGCUGGGUGUCGUGCAAGAGGGCGCCAAGCAUCUGCCCCGAUACUCGCCCCACACCGUCACCGUGCCCGGCGCUGCCGCCGGGUGGAUCGACACGGUGGAGACCUUCGGCAGCGGGCGCCUCACGCUGGCCGACAUCCUGCAGCCGGCGAUCGACAUGGCCGAUCGCGGUUUCCCCGUCUCGCCCAUCACCGCUUACCAUUGGGCCAAGGGCGUUGGCCAGCUCAGGAACGGGCCGCAUGCUGAUGAAAUGCUGCUGCAUGGACGCGCGCCGGAGGCGGGCGAGGUGAUGCGCAUGCCCAACCUGGCCAACACGUUUCGCGAGCUGGCCAAGCAUGGCAAGAAGGGCUUCUACGAGGGCCGCAUCGCCGAGGAGAUCGUACAGGUGCUGAGCGGCCUUGGCAGUCUCCUCACCCUGGACGACCUCAAGAACCACCGCUCCACCAUGGACAAGCCCAUUUCGGUCAACUACAAGGGAGUGAACGUGUACGAGAUCCCGCCCAAUGGCCAGGGCAUCACGGCCCUGAUGGCCCUCAACAUGCUCAAGCAACUCGAGGAGCACACCAUCCCGGACAAGCUCGAGCACAACUCGGCCGAGUACCUGCACACGCUCAUCGAGUGCGUGCGGAUCGCCUUCGCCGACACGCGGUACUACGUGGCGGACCCGUCGCGCGUGCACGUGCCCAUUGAAGAGCUGCUGUCGGACCGCUACGCCAAGGCGCGGCUCGAGCAGUACUUCAAGCCGGACAAGGCCGCCGUCGACGUCGAGAAGGGCUCGCCCGCUUCGUCCUCUUGUACCGUCUACUUCUCGGUGGUCGACGAGCAGGGCAACGCCUGCAGCUUCAUCAACUCCAACUACGUGGGAUUCGGCAGCGGGAUCAUCCCCAAGGGGUGCGGCUUUACGCUUCAGAACCGCGGGGCCAACUUUACACUGGAGGAGGGCUCGCCGAACAUGCUGGAGGGCAACAAGAGGCCGUACCACACCAUUAUCCCCGGCAUGGCCACGCACCAGGUGAAUGGCAAGGUCGAGCUCUAUUGCUCCUUCGGUGUGAUGGGCGGGUUCAUGCAGCCGCAGGGCCAUGUGCAAGUGCUGCUGAACAUGAUCGACUACAAGAUGAACCCGCAGCAGGCGGUGGACGCGCCCCGCUUCUGCAUCGAGGACGGCACGUCCAACGGCACAGUGUCCAUCGAGGAGGGCGUGCCCGAGGCGGUCGUGCAGCAGCUGGCUGACAUGGGCCACCGGGUGGUGAUCGUGCGGGACCACGACCGGGCCACGUUCGGCCGCGGGCAGAUCAUCUGGCGCCACCCCGUCACGGGCGUCUUCUGGGCCGGCUCCGACCCUCGCGCUGACGGCAUGGCCAUCGCCCGCUCGUGA